GCAUUUUCUCAAAUUUAUAAAAAUGUAACUGAAACCAGAAGGAGUUUUGAGGUUUAGAGGCUUGUGUGGAGCAGAAGCUCGUCAGAAGCGGCGGUGUUGCUGUUUUCAGACGUGUUUUCGGUGGUGAUUUCGGCAGCUAAGCUAACUCUGAGGUUAGCUCCUCUUCAACUGGCUCGUCUGUCAGACUGUCUGACCUGAGAGAGAUAAUCAGCCGGUGUUUACCGUCCAAAUUAACCCCUCACCUCUCCAUCAGCCUGUCCACUGCUACUUAUCAGUAGACAUGGGAAGUCUGGGCAGCAGGUUCCAGUCCCCCUCUCAGGGACCAGAUGAGGCUGCAGAAGGCACAAGUACGAGCCACAAGCAUGGAUGUGAGUGUAAGAAGAGGAAACGAAAUGCCCCGUGUGACUGUGACAGUGAACACGAGGAGGACGAUGCCAUACUAGACACACCUCGCAGGAAGAAAUUGAAAAGCACAUCCCGAUACAUUUAUCAGACUUUGUUUCUGAACGGGGAAAACAGUGACAUUCGCAUCUGCGCCCUGGGACAGGAGUGGAACCUCCAUAAAGUGUACCUGUGCCAGUCAGGAUAUUUUUCCAGCAUGUUCAGCGGCUCUUGGAAGGAGUCCAACAUGAUGGAGAUCAACUUGGAGAUCCCCGACCAGAACAUCGACACUGAAGCUCUACAAGUCGUAUUUGGAUCCCUGUACCGGGACGAUGUUCUGAUCAAGCCCAGCAGAGUUGUCAGUAUUCUUGCAGCUGCUUGUAUGCUACAACUGGAUGGUCUGAUCCAACAGUGUGGAGAGACCAUGAAGGAAAACAUUAGUGCGAAGACUGUGUGUGGCUACUACGCUUGUGCCAGUAUAUAUGGCCUGGAUUCAGUCAUGAAAAAGUGUCUUGAGUGGCUUUUGAACAACCUGAUGACCCACCAAAAUGUUGACCUGAUGAAAGAACUCGGGUAU